AGAGAUUGCUAUGCUGGGUGAGAUCACCCAUCUCCAGGCCAUCAUCGAUGACCUCACUGUGCUGACAACUGAUCCGCACAAACUGCCCCCUGCCAGUGAACAGGUGAUUAAGGAUCUAAAGGGGUCCGAUUACAGCUGGUCCUAUCAGACCCCUCCGUCAUCCCCAAGCAGCUCUGGCUCACGCAAGAGCAGCAUGUGCAGCAGUGUAAACAGCACCCACAGUAGUGCCUCCCGUUCGUCAGGGGGAGGUGGUAGUGGUGGUGUUGGUGGCGGAGGCUCCUUGCCCCACUCGCCCACCUCAUCCUCCUCCUCCUCCUGUCGCUACCGCAGCAGCCUGCCGCACCAGCCUCCACCACCGGGGGGCAUUGCUGCCCACCGCCUCAGCAGUGUCUCCUCACAUGAUUCGGGCUUCGUGUCCCAGGAUGCCAACAUCUACUCCAAGCCACCCUCACCUAUGCCCUCAGACAUCACUAGUCAGAAAUCAUCCAGCUCAGCUUCAUCAGAGGCCUCAGAAACAUGCCAGUCAGUCAGUGAAUGCAGCUCCCCCACCACUUUUGGCUCGUCCUUCGCUACCUUCCGCCCCGCUCUUUUUCACUCUGGCUCCACCCGGCCUCUCUCUGUCAUUCUUCCUGUUCCUGCGUCCCCACCCUAUAUCCGCCCCCCUGGAUCCAGCUCCUCCUCUCCCACAUCAAAGGUUCCUAUGUGGAAGGACUGGUCCAAAGCAGGUCAGUAUGAGCAGCCUGUGGCUGCAGCGGCAGUCCAGAGAAGAAGGGAACCUCUUGAUAGGCUGAGGGAGAGUGAGGCAUCACCGGGCUCCCAGGGAUAUGCUGGGCCAUCACAUCCUGAUGAUGGGCAGAGAGCCAGGAUGACGCCAGCUACCAUCGCUGCCAAGCAUGGAGAGGAGGUUUCUCCAGCAGCCAGUGACCUGGCCAUGGUGCUUACCAGGGGACUCAGCAUGGAGCAGCAGAAGAGCAACAGAGACUCCCUGCAGUACUCCAGUGGAUAUAGCACAGAGACCACAACCCCAUCCUGCUCAGAGGACACAAUUCCUUCACAAGGUUCAGAUUAUGACUGCUACUCAGUGAAUGGUGAUGCCGAAGGUCCAGAUGGACAGACAGAGUUUGACAAGUCCUCCACAAUUCCUCGCCACUCUAAUAUUGCCCAGAACUACAGGCGAAUGAUCCAGACCAAGAGGCCAGCCAGCACAGCUGGCCUGCCCACUGGCGUUCUUGGUCCAGGGGCUCAUGGGAUACCAGGGCAGCCCGGUGGAGCUGGCGGAGGUGGAACAGGGACUCCAGGGACUGCCACCAUCCGCCGAACCCCGUCUACCAAACCUGGCGUGAGGCGCACGUUAUCCAGUGCGGGGCCCAUCCCCAUUCGACCACCCAUCGUGCCUGUCAAAACACCCACUGUCCCUGGAGACUCGCAUUCACCUGGUGCAGGUGGAGGGCACGCUGGUGGCGUACCUGUCCGUGUGGGGAGUGAGGAAUGUGUGUUCUUCACUGGAGCUGAGGAUUCACAGGGAGCGCUUGAUUAUGUGAAGGCAUCACCAAAGCGCCUCAGCCUGCCUAACACCGCCUGGGGAUCAGGGGCUGCGUUAGAGGUCUAUGCUCAGCAGCAUGGGGGCCUUGCAAUAGGAACAGGCUCGGGCACUGGAUCAGAGGAAGAUCAGAUGAUCGCAGCCAAUCGGCACAGCCUAGUGGAGAAGAUUGGCGAGCUGGUAGCUAGUGCGCACGCCCUUGGUGAGGGCCAGUUUCCCUUCCCUGCCCUCCCUGAUGACCCAGCCCCGCCACCAACUGGCCCCACUGACACUGAGACAGGGACCGAAGGGGCAGAAGGGUCUGGUGACAUGCUGACCACCAUCAGGAGAGGAGUCCGUCUUCGCAAAACCGUCUCCAAUGACCGCUCAGCUCCCCGUAUAUUGUGAUCGGAGGAACAGCAGAAAGAGGAUGAUGCUUGUCAACCGAGAGGGAGUCAGGUGUUGGUUUGAUGCAACCCAACCACCUAGUACAUACACAAAAACUUAACCAUGUAGGGAAAGCUAUAAUAUAACAGAAGACGAAUGAAAACAGAAGCAUACACAGAAAAAAAGUUUAAAGACACCAUUAGAGUAAUGAUAUAUAAUAUAAUGAUAAUAAUAACAAUAAUAAUGUUAACCCAUGCUGACAGUUAAAAGUUAAAUGCUGAACAUUGACAGGCUCCUAGCAGGCCACUAUAACUAGUGUGUGUUGGACGCAUGUUUGUCUUCUAUACACCUUCACCCAGGGAAGGAAAGACUCACAGGACAAAAAAAAAAAAACAGAUAUGAUUUUUUAAAAAAGAGGCAAAGAAAGAGAGAAACGCUGGGUUCUGUUCUGUUUUGCCAACUUACACCUUUCCCUAUCCUCUUCUCCAACUAACCCGACUGUCUGAUCCCAGAUGAAAGACUGACUGAACGAGGGGCUGGUGUGGACGAGAGAGAGAGGGGACUCGGAGUGCCAUGUGAGCAGCUGGAUUUGAACCCAAGCUGUCUCAGCAGCAACACACUGUACUUAUUAGCCCAUUGAACUGAAGCUUUGGUAUUAGUACGGGGAGCUAACAAGCCAGAGGGCCUCUCUGGUUCAUCCUAAUGAAAAGAAUCUUGGAAAAAAGGAAAUAUCCACUGUUGGCAUUGAACCGUGCUAGUGCCCCCUUCCCCCCCUCUCUCGCUCUCUGCGCAGUGAAUGCGUGCAUUCAUGGGCGUGCAUGUGGGCAAAUGUAAAACGUGAGCGUGUGUCUACGUGUGACUAAUUGUGUGUAUGUGCGCGAGGAGGGUGGGUAGAGCUCUGCUGCAGGACAGCUGGUUACCCAAUGAGGGCAGGGCUUUUUUCUCCUGUGUGUUGUGCGUGUAUUUUCUUGUUUAUAUUGUGACGUCAUUUACCUUGUUACCGCUGUACGAGAAGUUACAAGACGUACUCCAGGCGUAUAGAUAUAUUCAUAUAUAUUUUCUAGAACCAGAGAGAAAAUGUUAAAUCAGAAAUGGAGCAAUAAAUGUGUUUUAUUUUCUUGUUUCGAAGAAGCGGCUCGAUGGAGGAUUGUAGAUUCUCCUUUGUCACAUUCAGGCAAUCAUCAGGAAUGCUAAAUUACACAUCGACUGUGAAUUCAUGCCUAGCCGGUUUUGGCGUGUGUCUCUCUCUGUCCCUGUCUCUUUCUGGUGAAUGAAAUGGAUUACAAAAGUCUGGGGGAGGGAAGGAAAACUGUAAGCACUUUGAUAGGGGAUUGGUAAUAUGUACAAUAGCCAGUAGGUGUUGUUGUAGUCAUACUGUAUGAUAGGGAGUGUGAAAGUGAGCGAGGUGGUAUCCAGGGGGGAAUUAUUUAAUUUGUGAAAGAAGAAGCAGAAGAAGACAGGGAGGGACAAAGAGCAAGUGAGGAAGACUGGUUGAUUUGGGAGAUUGGUCGAAUGAGAUGGGAUAAGAAAGUGUCAGGGCCAUACGAGCUGUUGCUUGUUGUGGAUCGUGAAGAGCACUGAAGUUUUUAAUGCUGUGGCCGCACUGGCAUUUAAAGGACUGGUCACAUAAUGAAAAAAAAAAGCACAGUAUAGACAGGUCAGACUGUAUAAAGCAGAUCCAUACGUUCCUGCCAGUUUUAUUUUUCUGUCGCUGAGACUUCUGCCUCAUAGCAUCAGAGGGGAACGUAGGUUUGAUUGAGUUUCUACUGUGGACACAGACCUUUAAAAACACCUAAUAAAAACAGCUUUUCAGAAUAAAACUUUUUCCACUGUGAGUGGAACAGUUGGAAGUCGGUUUUCCUGUAUUAUGUUAUUGUAGAGAGGCGAAAAUGUCACAAAUUGGGCCAAUAAACACACCUGUGGUCGAGAACAAAAUCUAACACUUUUACUUGGAUAUUUGCCUCUUAAUACUUAACCAGUAUCCAAAAAUCGGGCUGUAUUUUUCACUGUCCAAAUCUUCAAUGACAGCUGCUUAUCUAAAAAAAAAUAUAGUCUCACCUGUAAAUAUUGUGUCUUUUUUUUACAUUGUGGCCACACAAAGUAAAGCCUUGAACAAAGCUGAACAAUACUCUUUUGCCUUAGAUUUACUCUGUAUGUUGUCCUUUCUAAAUAAAACAAAGAUUUUAAUCCAACAUCAUAGCACACAUAGCACAGAUGUGAUAAAACACUCGGAGACACGUCCAGCUUGUAGCUGACAAUUUUUGACAUUAGUUCUUAGUUCUUUAUUUUGGUAGAGAGUGAGGAAUUAUUGUUUGAAACUAAACAAUAGCAUUAAAAUUGCUAUUCAACAAUUUGGAGGUCUACAUGUUUAUAGUCUUGACAGAUCAAGAGACUUGAGAUCGUUUUCAACUCUUCAAAUAAGAGACAGGAUGAGUUUGCCUAGUGCAGGGGGAGUACAUUUGUCAAAGUGGUUAUUAUGCGUCAAAGUUUUCUUAGCUGCCCGCAAGUUCCUGAAAGUAUUGCUGUUGCCCAAGUCUUCGAUUGAAAGUUGGACUUCUGCACAGGGUGUAAGGUGAGACUGCCUUUGAAGCUAUUGAAAGCCACCAUUCUCAAAUCUAGUACAAGUACUGGAGGACUGUAACAAGUAAUGUAAUCUAACCGAAAUUUUUCAGAUUCUUUGGCCAGCUGGUUUUGAAUUAGCUCAAUCACACGCAACGUAAUUAUUUAGCCCCACAUUUAUUCAGUCGCAUAAAAUGAAUGUAUUCCCAGCAGCGAGACACAACGCUGGUGUCUAAACACAAAGAGGCCGCCCCAGUUCAGCUCAGGAUAUGGCUGCGCGAAAGAAACUUUUGUGAACAUUAAGAUGCAAGGAAUGGUGAAGCCGGCUCGCUGAUGACAAAGACGUGGGAAUAUUUAACUUUGCAAGUUGACAGAGAGGAAAAGAUGUGUGAAAUGAGCAUUUCACUGCCUGUUCAUACAAUAUGUACUGUAUGUGCUGUACUUGUUAAAGAGAAUCAGGCGCACAGAUUUGGUAUAAAGGUUUGUUAGAAAAUAUUACAUGGAAUAUUUAGUUGUUUUUUUUUUCUUCUACAGUACUGUUUGAAUGUUUUGUCUUAACUUUAAUUAAUGUAAAAAAAAAAAGAAAAAAAGAAAAAACUCCAGUUGUAACACAAACUACUAAGCUGUGUAACAUACGGAUGCAGGACGUGUGGGCCGAGAGUGAGUGUGUCCUCGUUUGGCUGUUGAUCUUUAGGCUAGUGAACUCUUCAUCAACAUGUCUGUAUGCUCUUUUAGCAGUGACCUGAACAUAGCCUGCGACAUCCACUCUCCUAUAUACUCUUUUUGUCAACUUAUUUUAUUUAUUUUCUUUUGCCUCGAAUAGAAAAUUGUUCCAGGCACAUUUGUGGCUUCUUUAGAAUGAUUUAAUAUAAAGAGUUGGAGAACAGAUGUUUUUAACAUAGGCACCUUCUGCAAAAACACCAUUUUUUUUUGUUGAAGUUUGCAACAGUGCAUCAAAUAGGGGAUGUUUUAAUGUUCUGUCAACAGGAAACUGUGCAUUUGUUGUUACAUGUGGAUGCUGUGUGAUGAAUCUGACUCUGAAUCUUAGAAGUUGAAAGGGGGAAAAAAACAUGCUUUGAGUGAGAAAAGUGAAAAAGAGUUUGUCCUAAACCACCUGUCAAGGUCACCGUGUCCAUGAAUCUGUAUACCUGAAUGUAUGACAUGGUGAAGGAUGGCAUCCAACUGUGUCCGAUUUGCUUAAACUAUUGCAAUGUCAGAACAUUGUUCCUGUACAACUGGGUGAUAUUUCCUCUUUAAACAACAGGAAAGCAAUACAGGGGUAGUGCAUGUAUGUGCAUUCACAAUCAUGAUCCACUGUGGGUAUGAUAAAGGAGAAUACCAUUGUUUUGUAGACUAGUUAUUCCACACCACACAGCUCUAAUGGUGUUAUUUGGAGUUCAGAUAUCUUUAAAGAGACAGAAUAAAUAAUACACACUGGAGAAGAAAAUGGUGUAUCAUCCUCACUGACUUUGAAAAUUUACCUUGCCUAAAAGCUGCUGUGAGGUGUCCAAACGGUUUAAUAAGCUGCCAAACCAAAACACUGAGCCAUUCAAAUGGUAAAACUGGGUGUUAGUGUUGGGUAGUGUGUUUAAUUUUUCAGGUGGUUACGAUGAGUCCAACAACUGGGUACUGUAGAUAUAUUUGCAGAAUUUUGCAGCAGAACCCCUAUCGCCUAACUCCAAAAUGGACAUGGGAACCAAGACUUCCAUAUUAAGAUUUAUUUAUAGUCAGUAUAUUUGUCUAAUCACCCAACCCUGCUAAAUAAAAGUAAUAAAAUGUGAGGCGUUAGGAAGAAUGUGAGAACUCUGGGAUCCUGAAACUCAGUAUGCAGCAUGAAGUUACUGUAGGCGUUAACCUAAUAAAGCUAUGCAAGGCUUGGUCACUCAGUAGGAAAAUGUACAAUUUCAUUAGUAUUAUUAAUUCAGCUAUCUCAAGGCACUUUAUAUUACAUGCUAUAUAUAAUGUAAAGAUUCUAUUAUAGGAAAAAAAACCCUAGCAAUCCAAAGAUCCCUGACGAGGAGGCACUUGGCAGCAGUAGGACAUUUAAAAACUCCCUUUUAAAAGAAGAAAACUCCAACAGAAUCAGGCUUCUUUUAUUUAGUGUUUGACAAGAUACUACUUACCGUAAUGUUCUAAAAGUUUCCCAGAGUUGUGAGAAGGCUAGCCAAGAUUCAAGAAGGUUUAUUCUGUAAUUCCAUGUUUUUACAUGGUAUUUACAGACAUACACAGACUGAAACAAAAAUGUUGUUGUGUUGUGCAAUAAUCAGCAAACAAUAAAAAUACAGUGUAACAACCAAGCUGCAGCUUGAUGCGACACUCAGCAAACUCAGGCAUAAACAAUCACACUCAUCCAGCUAGCAGCAGUCCUCUCACGGAGAGGGAUUGAAUAAGAUCAGCUAAGUGUGUGUAAAGUCCCAGAUUAAUAGAAAACUUUGCCACUGAAAAAGAUUCUAGUCUAGCACCAAACUUAAUCACUUUGUGAGAAACGGAGCCCUAGAGCCAUGAAAUAGUCUAAAGUCCUGCAAAAGUUGCAUGUUGAGGCUAUGAUUGUUUUCUUCUCCAGUGGGUGUGGUUUUCUGAGUAUGAGAAGCUGACUUCAGUCUUCAUAGCUACACAUGUCUCCCUGAGUCUGAAGCUUUAAGUGCUGCAUAUUUAUUGAAUGAAAUGCAAACUAAGGAAUAAACUGCCAGUUAUCUACAGGAAGUUAUUCCUUUAAUAAAGUUUUAAUAAUGCCCUGGAGAACAAGCACUCAAAUUAUAAAUAACAACUUGGGAAGUAUUCUAAAACCUCUGAGUUUUUCAAAUCGAAUGAGAUCACAGCAGCCUGAAGGCACACAGUAAAAGGUUGAAUGGUUAAGAUGACUAAAGGACACAACACUGCUAUUUUCCUUUAAAAUACCCAGUUUACAGCACAAGAAAUAUCGUACUAAAUAAUAAUGUUUUUAAAAUUCUAAAUUAACUGUGUAACUAACUGAACAAGCUGGAAUUACUGUGCUACAGUUUACGAGUGUAUGUGUUGUUCAGUGUGGGCCCGCCUUCAAACGGAGUGGCUGCUGCAGAAACAUACAAAGGCACAUAGACAUACAUGCAUGCAGGCGUGCGUGCAUAGAUGGAAACACUUGUGGACAUAUUAGAAACAGGACUAACAUAUAGAACAAUCUCCUCUUCUGUUAAUUUCAUAAUUUGGCUCAGUCAAUGAUAUUACCACAGUUGACUUUCCAUUUUAUAUCAGCUUUCUUGUUUUCUAUCAAGGUUAAUGUGCGAGCUCACUUAAAAACAUGCACAGUACUUAAAAGACUGCACAACAAGCCCUAAAAACUAGAAAGCUAUAUUAAACUUUUCAAUGAUUAGCACGAGGCUGCAUAGAGUAUGUGAAAGGACUAGUUUAACAUUUUGGAAAAUACUUACUUUCACUUUUGGUGAGUGUGUGCAUUAAAGAAUAAUUCAUAGCCAACAGAUGGUAAUUUUAGCAUGGCGAGGUUUGGAAGCUGUAGGAAACCCAACCGCUCCAAACUGAAACAUUCCACCUACCUUUAUACCUGUUGUUUACCUAGUAAUACACUUUUGUGUUUAAUCUGAAAAUGUAAAUUAUACAAAGUAAGAGGUUAACUGGCAAGUGUUGUUCCCACAGUGAAUGGCUCACACUGACAAGAGAAUAAAGAAAUAAGCUCAUAAAUUUUCCAAAAUGUUAAGCAGUUUCUUUAACUUUUAAUGAAAACAUGAUUUUUUUUUUUUGGAUUAUGUAACUGGAGAUGGACUGAGCUGAAAAUUCCUAAUACCAUAAUUGUCUGAACAGCCUGGAGGUAUAAGAAAGCUACCAGUUAGCCAUGCUAAUCGUAUUUCGCCAAGUGGAAAAAGCAAAAGAGAACUGAAUUUAAAUGUUCCUCUAUUCCCAGACAUUUAAACUUGUGUAUCCCCGUCUUCUCUCACUUUCCCCUAUUGCCAUUUAACUUUAAUCCACUUUCCUCAAUCAGUACACACAGGGAUAAUGUGUGGCUGACAAAUCAGAAAACAACACUUGUCAAGAUGGGAGCCCCAUUAGCAUUACUCUGUCUCUCUGUGCCUCGCAGCCCAUCAAAGCUAAUGAAAAAUAAUUUUGAUGAAGUCUUUAUUUUCACCGUAGUCCACAGUGAAUACACACUACGCUCAGUUUAUUAUCUCUCUGUCUUUCCCUUCACCCUCUUCCCUCCCCCCUCCUUCUGUGUCUGAUUAUUGUAUGUCAGGAUGCAUGUGUGGAUCCAGUGUGUCAUAAUGGCUAAUGGAUGCUAUCAUUUUGGGACCUGGGUGUUUUGUUCAAAAUGCUGGAAUCAUUAGGUAGGUUAAACUUUUCCCUAGCGUGCACAUUAAUAUCUGCUGGUCUCAAGGCAAGCAGAUGGAUCUCUAACACUGUCUCAGUGCUAGAUUACAUACUGUGAGCAUUUGCUCGCAGCAUGAAAACAAUGUUAGAAAUCUGUAUGGAAAUAACUUCCCUUUAAAUGUUGUAUACUUACAUAAUAUGCUACAUAAGAUUUAAAAAUGUCUUCAUUUGAAACACCCCAGUCAAAAUGAACAUAAUGUUCUUGAUUGCUGACUUGAUCGAAGUAAGGAAACCACAAUGCUGGCCAUUGAAGAACAGAUUGUUUUAUAUUUUUGAUCAGACAAAAAAAAGUUUUGAGUCGCUCUAUAUACAACCCACUCGUUUAGCCAUCUGCCCAAGUUAUAUUGAACUAUGUACUUGUGUAUGUGUGUCUGUAUGAGUGUGAUUAUGUGUGUUGUACAAGGAGAGAUGGUUAAAACCCCUACUGUUCCUCCCUUCAACCUCCCACACACAAUCUGUCAGUCUUUCCUGCUGUCUAAUACGGAAGGUAUCCACAUUACUACACACACGCACAUAUACACACUGGUCUGAAGCAAACAUGACUAAGGUUGAUUCUCAGAAGCCACAUGAGGGUACCUUGAAGUCCUCUAUGAGAUCCUGAUGUAACACAUUGCAACCUCUUGUCAUACAGCCAUGCAGAACAGAGUGGCCGAAGUGGCCUCCCGGUGCCACUGUCACUGCAACUAAAUUGAAUGUCUUGGUGUCUAUACUCCAGUUCCAGUAGUGUCUCUUGCUCGCUUGCUCUCUUUCUCGACAGCCGACAUCUGAACUCUCAAUGAAAUCUCUACAAAAUUCACAGCUGAGGCAUUUUCUGAGGGGCUUU